AUGUUUAUAUUGAUAUCAAACAUUGAUUAUCGUUGGGAUGAAUAUGAACCUUUGAAUGGAAUACCUCAAGCUCUACGGAGCGUCAUAUCUGAAAAGCAUAGGAACAUAUUAUACCGAGUACCUACCAAGUACUUUUCCUCAGGUCGGGCCCGACCAGGUAAAGGAUUCGGAUAUCUUGAGAACAGGAGAGCAAAGUGGCGCAAGAAGCGUACUAGACGCUUAAAGCGUAAGCGCCGCAAGACUCGUGCCCGAUCUUCGGAGUUCGCGCUUCGUUCAACGGCGGCUGAGUGUUCAAGGAAAGAUUGGUUUGAUGACGCGCACUUGUCAGCAUGUGGUGGGAAGUUUUGGAAGGAAGCUGGAUCGGUCAACAAUGCAAUGUCGAUUUGUUCAUUGAGGGUUUAUGAACCAAUACGUCAUGGGAAAGAAGCUGCCUCUGAUGCUAAAUGCCUUUUUGACUACCAACCCGAUAGGAAUGAAUAA